AUGAAGGAAAAAAUUUUAACAAUUAUAACAAUAAUUUCAUUUUGUUUGUUUUUAAUUGGAAUUCUUUUGUGUUCCAUUGAUGUAAAUGUUUAUGGAUCUGGGUUAUAUUUAAGUUUAGUAGCAGUAGUUGUUUUUUUAGUUAAUGCUACAGCAUGUAUUAUAGGAAUUACACAAGAUGAUGAAGAAUCAACGGCGAAAAAGAUGUGGGGAAGGAUAAGGCGAAAGAUAUCAUUGAAACCAAAUUUAGAUAAUGAGAUAAUUAAAAAUACUCCAGAUAAGGAGAAGCUUUUAAUUGGACAGGAAAAUUUAAACUAUAUUAAUGAUGAGGCGGAAAAAAUUAAUUUAACUGUUUUAUAUGAAAAUCCAUUAAAUCAGAUUGAAAAAUUAGAUUAUGAUAAAAAUAAUUUUAGUAUGAAAAAUAAUAGUAUUAAUGAAAAAAAUGUUGAAGAAUUAAUUGCUGUAAUAUGGUAUGAUGAUGAUGAUGGUGAAAAUGAAUCAACAUUUUUAUAA